AAUUUAUCAUAAAAAAUAAUUUCGCAGAUCCACAUAGCCAAAAAAUGUCUGGUUCAGAUCGUAGUUGUACUAGCAAAACUGAUAGUAGCAGUAGUAGUAGUAGUAGUAGCAGUGACGACGAUCCUGCACCAUUGGAUCGUAAAACGAUAAAAAGAAAAAAUAGAUUUUUGGAUCCCGAUUUUAAGAUUCAUGAAGUGUCUAGUCAAACUUUAAAGAAAUAUAAGCAAGAUUCACUUCCAAGACAAAGAAUACCACAUGAUGAGACACUACAGGCUAAUAUAAUAGAACCUGAAUCUGAUGGUGUUACAAGUGCUACAGAUGAUUUAGAUGCAGCACCGACUUUACUGGAGACGUCGUCAUUUAACGAAUACUUACACGAUGAAACUCUACAAUCAGAUGAUGAUAGAGAUGUAAGCGCUACUGCAUAUGAGAGCAUUUGUAACAGCGAUAACCAAAAUAAAAUUGAUGAAAUCGAUUUGAGUAAUAACAGUGAUAAUGAUAGUAGCACAGAUGUUGAUUAUGAUGAAAGUAACAGCUCCGAUGACAGUGAAAUUGAAAGUGAUUUUGACAGCCCUGAUGAUAGGAAUGUCAAAAAUGAUUAUAUCUUCAGCAAAUUGAUGUUCGAAGCAUCCAAAUUAACUGUGCGUGAUGUUAUUGUAUUGAAUAGUGCAUUCGCUUUGAGAUAUCAUCUUCCAGAUGAAGCACGUUUAAUGCUUAUGAAAAUGUUCCAAUUGUGUGCAGGCCCAACAUUUGAUAGUUUAAAUUUGUCGAUAUAUCUAAUGUCUGAAUGUUUGUCCUCACAGAAUGAUAAAAUAACGAAACAUUAUUACUGUAGUAAGUGCUCAGAAGUUAUUAUGUAUUACGUAAACGCUGCAGAAAGACAAUCCAAUAAAAAAUUAAUUUGCCAAAAGUGCAAAGCAAACAAUAUUGUCACACAGUCUUCUCCGAAUUAUUUCAUGUCAAUUGAUUUAUAUAGUCAAUUUAGUCAGUUUUUUUCAAAUAAAGAAAAUGUUGACAAUCUGCUAAAAAAUAUCAAUGCCAGAAAUACUUCUUUUAAUACUCCCUGUGACAGUAUCACGGAUGUUCAUGAUGGAUCAAUUUACAGAAGUAUGAAAUGUUCUACGGUUAACCAUGGUAAUGAGUUGGAAUAUAUGUUGACACUAAAUAUUAGUACAGACGGAGCACCUCUGACGAAGAGUGGUAAAAGGGCAUUUUGGCCCCUACAAGUCAUCAUAAACGAUCUCUCUCCAAAAUUGAGAUUUCGGUAUGUGUUUUUAGCUGGUUUAUUAAUAGUUAAACAAGAGCCAAAAUCGAACUUGAUGAAUUUGUAUAUUCAGACUUUUAUAGAUAAGCAACUUAAUAAUUUAAAUACUAGAAAGCUAACUAUUGUCAAUAAAAACAAUACUAGAAUUGUAUUAAAAUUUAACAUUUUAAGUUGCGUUGUUGAUUCUGUGUGCCUUCCCAUCAUACAAAACCGCCUGCAGUUUAAUGGGUAUUGUGGUUGCAGUUGGUGCUACCAGUCGGCAGAAUUUAUAAAAGAAGUUUGUGGCAUACGCUAUACUUUUCAUCAAGAAAGUACUCAUAGGACUCAUGAGAGUCACGAGAAAGAUGUAAAAUUAGCAUUAGAGACUAAAACCAUUCAAAACGGUGUCAAAGGUAUUUCUGCCUUACAAAAACUGCAACACUUCGAUUUAGUAUGGUCCUUUCCAUACGAAUAUAUGCACGGUAUGUUACUUGGAGUCACAUUCCAAAUUUGGAAAGAAUGGAAAAGUCAGGAAUGCUUGUUUAAAUUACAAAUAAAGAGAUUGAAAUGAUAGAAAAACGGUAUUUAAAUAUAACACCUACUAAUGAAAUACAUAGACUUCCACGAUCUGGAAUAUUCGGAGGAACUGCAAAGCCUAAAGCCUCCGAAUUAAAAUCUUGGUUGCUGUACUUCAGUUUGCCUUGCUUAAGUGGUAUAUUGAAUGAUGAAGCUUUAAGACAUUAUAGCCUACUUGUUAAGAGCGUGCAUACGCUUAUAAAAACAAGCAUUUCUCACAAUGAACUCGACGAAUGUGAAAAAAAUCUAUUAAAAUUUGUAUGCGAGUAUGAAAUGUAUUAUGGAGAAAAAGGGAUGACAUUUAACGUACAUAGUUUACUACACGUUGUUGAAUCCAUUAGAAAAACGGGGCCUUUGUGCAUGAAUUCGGCUUUUCCUUUUGAAGGUAAUAUCUAUAUAUUAAAAAGAUUCAUAAACGGUUCAAAAGGUAUGGAUCUUCAAAUGGCUAAAAAACAUAUGCAAUCUCUUGUUUUUAAAUCAGGAAACGUAGAAACGUUUUCAUCGUCAGAACAAAUUGGUAGUUUAUGUAAAAGUAUGUUUAUGCCAAAAAGAUUAAAUAUAUUUUAUAAGGAAGGCGUAGAAAAUGUUUUAUAUGUUGGAAGAAGUAAAUCGACGAAAAUUAAUGAAACAGAAUCUUGUUUAGAAUACAAUAAAUGUAUAUAUAAAUCAUCGGUAUAUCAUAGUAGUAAAUACAAGCGAGCACAAAAGACUGAUGAUACUGUAAUACAAUUAGUAACCGGCGAAUAUUGUCGUAUAGUACAAAUUUUAGAUAUACAAAACACUUGUCAUUUCAGCGUAUCAUUAUUCAAUAUUUUCGAGGAUUAUUCUUUUGAAGGAGUUACGCAUAUAAGAAAAAUAAAAUCUGAAGAAACCACAAAUACUGUUAUUAAGGCAAUUAAUGAUGUUAAGUGUAAAGUUAUCAUAGUAGAUGUAAAAAAUGGGCGCUAUUUAUGUACAUUAUCAAAUACAAUAGAAAUACAAUAAGAAUGUUUGUUAAGUACAAUUUUAUUGAAAAAUCAUU